GAGGCCUCUAGACGGUGGAGGCGGCGGCCGCGGCUGCGCAGGCGCACACCUCCCGGCACGGCCGCGCGGGAGGGACCGGAUGGGCCCUCGGGAUCCCGCGAGGGUACCCCUGAAAGACUCCAGCUGGUAUGGGCCUUCUGCAGAGCUAGUCCAGGCUAGAAUGGCUGUAUCACUAACAGCAGCAAAACUUCUGGCCCUUCAGGGUACACAGGAUCAAGAGAAGAUUGUGAUGAUGGAGCCGAAGGAAGAGGAACAGGCUCGGGAGUAUGAGACCAGGCUACGUGGGCACCACUCUCCCAGUCAAGAGAUCUUCCACCAACGCUUCAGGCAGCUCUGCUACCAGGAGACUCCUGGUCCCCAGGAGGCCCUGAGCCAACUCCGGGUGCUCUGCUGUGAGUGGCUGAGGCCCGAAAGGCACACCAAGGAGCAGAUCCUGGAGUUACUGGUGCUGGAACAAUUCCUGACCAUCCUGCCUGAGGAGCUCCAGUCCUGGGUGCAGGGACAUCACCCUAAGAGUGGAGAGGGGGCUGUGACUAUGUCGGAGGAUUUAGAGAAAGGACUUGAUGAACUGAGACUGCAGGUAUAUUUACGUUUUCCAUCAGUUGUUGCAGAAGAUGACCCGGAGCCCGAGGACAAAGGAUCAUCGCCACAACCGCCCAUUGCUGACGUGGAAUCACAGGUGGUCUCAGAAAAACUCGCCACCGGUGCCUCUACAUUUGAAGCUACCUCUGCAGUUGAGGGUACUUUAGAGCAGCAGCAGAGAAAUCCCAAAGUGGAGAGACUGAGGCGGUCCCCUGCCCAGGGGAAAAGUUCGAGGCAGAUGGUUGUCACCCAUAAGAAAACUCCAACAGAGAAGAAAGACCAUGAAUGUGGUAAAGCCCUCAUUUAUAACUCACAUCUUAUAACCCACCAGAGAAUUCAUUCUGGAGAGAAAUCCUAUAAGUGUAGCGACUGUGGGAAAACUUUUAAUCGGAGCUCAAACCUCAUUCAGCAUCAGAGAAUUCACACAGGGUAGAAGCCCUAUGAAUGUCAUGAAUGUGGGAAGUCCUUCAGGUGGAGUGCUCAUCUUGUUCAGCAUCAGAGGAUUCAUUCAGGAGAGAAGCCCUAUAAUUGUAAUGAGUGUGGGAAGGCCCUCAGUCAAAGCUCAUAUCUAAGUCAGCAUCUGAGAAUUCACAGUGGAGAGAAACCUUUUAUAUGUAAAGAAUGUGGGAAAGCCUACAGGUGGAGUUCAGAGCUUAUUAGACAUCAGAGAGUUCAUGCCAGAAAAGAGCCUUCCCAGUGUUCGGAAGGUAGGAAGUCCCCAGACAGAAUUGUACUUUUGUCUAAUCAAUUUUAGGACUAGAUUCCAUAAAAGUUAUAAGCACCUUAAGGUUUUUCCUGUGUCUUUCUUGAUUUAGGAGAAACUGUUUACCUCUUCCUACCUGCAGAUCAUCACUUCAUGUCUGCUGAUUAAGAUGGCUGUAUCAGGAUGCCUUCUCCUGCGAGUAAUAGCCAAAAUGCCUGCUUCAUUAGGGUUCUGGGCCUGGCACAGAGCCGCUGCUCAGGCAGUGAUAGUUUUUAUAUCAGUAUUAUUGUGAAUGGGUCUUUGGUGCUGGCCCUUUCUCUCACCCACACUGGUCUGCCUCUCUGGACAGGGUCACAUCUUCAAGUGUCCAGGCAUAAAAUAAUCCACACUAGUCAUUUGAACAGCGAAAGUUUAAUAUAAAGAAGUAUUAACUACUAAAAGAGGAUUAUCUGCUAAAGGAGGUAGAGACAUCUUAAAGAAUAUAGGAAUAGCUUCAUGGGGAACAGCUACUGCUUCUAGGGCUGAGAGAGACCCAAGGAAGAAGCAAACAGAAGAGGGGCCCCCGGCCAAGACUGAAAUUCAGCCCUGACUGGACAGGGUGUGCUGUUCCAGUGGUGUGCUAGAGCUGGCCUGUACAGGCUUGCAAGGGCCAGUUUUGCAUGUCUCUUCCCAACCCUGCAUUGAAAUUGGUCAUGGUGUGAGUAUUCACAGCAUGGGAGUCAGUGAAUACUACAAAUAAGGGCUUUUUUUUCUUUUUGAACUAGUUGUUAAAUAUUUACCAGUACCAGACUGGCUACAGCCCACUGGAUGGUGAAGUUCCCCGAGGGGCCACAGGCCAAAGCAGAAAACUUCUGGUUGAGGUGCCAGCGAACUCAGCAGAGGAUGUGGUGGUGCUGCACUGGAGAAACAAGGAAAAACUACCAGAACCAGAAGGAAAAGGCCCUUCCUCUUUGCUUUGUCCCUCUAGUGCCCUUUACUGGCAGAGCCUAACACUGUGCCAGCUGGCAAAGGGAAGAUGUUUACAGGUCCAGCUCCAGUAUCAUCAAGUGGGGCAGAGGAUGGCAGGUUUGGAGUUAGGAGGCAAUCAAUUGCUGACUGGCCCAUGUUACAAGCGCAUUGCCACCUCAGGACCUCUGUCCUUGUUCUCCAUCUCCCUGCCUCCGUGCUUUCCCCCCAGAUGGUUACAUAAGUCACCCCUUGCUUUCUCUAGAUCUCUACUUCAAUGUCACCUCUUUAGAGGAGCCUUCCCUGACUCUUACAAGCUUUAUUUCUCUCUCACAUAAAUGUCCAGAGGUAAAUAGCUGGUCAGCAAACUACAGCCCACAGGCCAAACCCAAAUCCAGCUCAUGGCCUGUUUUUUAUAGACCACAGCUAAGAAUGGUCUGUACAUUUUUUAAUUGUUAUAAAAAGCAGAAAAAAAAAAGUGACAGAGACUGUAUGUGGCCUGCAAACCCUAAAAUGGUUACUAUCUGGCCCUUUACAGAAAACGUUUGUGAAGCCCUGGUAAGGGGCCGCUCAGUUUACUUUCACCUGAUGCUUCAGGAGCCCAUGUACUUUCCAUCUUUCUCCUCCAUCCCCUGGGCUAGGAUGCUUUUGUCCACAUGGUGGAAGCAGGAUCAUUCCCAUACCCAUAUUCCAGGUCACAGGAAGCAAAGUAAUGAGCGCAACGACAAACAGUUUCUUUUCAGUAGGUGUCCUGGAAGGUGCCCCGUCCUUUGGUGAAAACUCGAUUACACCCCCACAUCUGUCUUCCAGGGAGGCUGGGAAACACCUCCAGCAGGAUGGCCAAUGCCCAAUGAAAUUGUAUUGCUAUGGAGAAGGAGAGAACAGAUUUGGGAAGACAGAGAGCAGUGCUCCACCCCAUGGGACAUCUCCCCACUUCUGCCACCUGGUGCUGCCAAUUGACCGGGGAAGGAGAGUCCUGGUCCUGGAAAGAGGGCAGAGCAGGAUCUGGGAAACGCGCUGAGGACAAGAGCUCAAGGGUGUGGGUUAGAGCUCUGGCCUUGGUGGUGGUCACUCCGGAAAUAGCCAUCAUUCUGGCUGCAGGGCCCUGUAUUUGGCACUCUGAGAAGAGCUGAAACCAGAAAAAUAUUUUGUAGGCAAAAUGUUGACCUGAAACCAUCUGUUUUGACUUUGUUAGUACAAAAGAAUCUAUUCCAACAACAGAGGUUCUGUGUGCUUGGUUUACAGGAACUGGUUCAUUAUCCUUGAGGGGGUCCUGGGAGUUGAAGGUGCCAUACUUGUGUAAUCAUAAUCUGGUCCUGUUCUGUGUGUACGAGUGCGUUGCUCACAUGUGCAUUCUGGAAUUCACUGAUAGCAGGAGGCCCCCCAGCUGUGCAGCUGAAUAAACAAAUGAACUUGUACCCGCUAACAAGAGUGUGGUCUUUGGUCAACAGCAGGAGAAAGAGGAAGAAACAGACUGUACCUGGUGUCAGGGAGCUGCUGGACAACCUAGGGAUGCCAUAUAAACACCUUGAUGGAGAUUCCACAGCAGAUUCACUGUACUGGACACUGGCGACCUGGGCUGGAGGAAGUGGGUACCCAGGUACCUUAAGGGCAGAGACCACUGGGGUUGGUAAGAAAUACAGACAAAAGAUUGUCCUCUACC